AUGACCAAGCAUGUGUUUGAAGAGGUGCGGAACACAAGGGAGGUGACGGUGUGCUUCAGAUCAAAGUCUGCGUCCCUUACUCACAUUGAACCUUACUUUUCCUUCGCCGAGUCUGAGGACAACGUGGACGCCCUUGUCGUGAUGAGAAUUGAGGACAAGAUCGACCUUUACGUGACGGACGUGGCGCAAGACAAGAUAUCGCCUUUGUACACCGACCUGACUCUGGAUCGCUGGGAGCACCAGUGCCACGUGUUCUCCCGGGGAUUCUACAGAGCAUUCAUCGACGGGGAAGAGCGGGCCAGCGGGGAUCUCACCAACAAGGAGGUGCUGCUGCCUCUGAGGGCAGCCUUCUGCCCCGGGAUGGAACAGGACUCCGUUGGCGGAGGCUUCGACAGCACGCAAGUGUUUCGGGGCCACAUGGCGCAAAUCAACAUUUGGGACAGGCCGCUGGACCCACUGGAGGUCAGCGACAUCGCCUCCUGUCGGAUAUACGGCGAGGGCAACGUGUUCUCCUCCGACGUAGAUGUCAUGGAGGAAAUCGGUACCACGUCUGAGAUGGUUCCCUUGUCCGACUUGUGUCUGCCCAGCGAGAACUUCUUCAUCCUGCCCUCCAUGCAGACUGUGUUCGAGGGCAUGGACUCUUGCUACAGGAUGGGUUACGCUCUGUACGUGCCUGGCUCACUGAGAAACAAUGAACGCCUGUUCAACUCGUCGCUACAGUUCCUGAACGUGUGCACCAAUCCAUAUGUGCUGUGGCUGGGCGUGCUGGACGAGGAGGAGGAAGACGUGUGGCGCAGGGUGGUGGACAAUGAAAUAGUGGAGACACAGUUCGCUCCGGGUCAGCCAGACGGCAAGAGAAUUCAGAACUGCGCGUAUAUGUCCAGCGUGUCGGGCCAAUGGAGCGACGAACAGUGCGACCUGAAGGUGCUGUCGUGCAUCCCAUGUAUACCUCGCAAGCAUCCACCUCUCAACCUCAGGGGCCUCUGCUUUAGGAUGAAGGCCGAGACAGCCUUUGAGAUCCUGGGUUACGUGAACGCUCGCCCUUACUUCCAUGGCUUCUACGGCUAUAUGAUCUUCAUGUCUGGGCCCGCCACCUGGGACCUGUUUGACACAAACUCCAACAAGACUCUGGCCAGGGCCAGGCUGAGCUCUGUCAGUGACUACCCGAUAGGACGCAAGAACUGGAUAGUCCAGAGCACACUGUGUGACAUCCCCAAGGACACCCGUAUCGACCUGAGUCUGUCCUACUGCCUCGACUCACAGUUCACGUGUGCCAACGGUGACUGUAUCAGCAAGGAGCAGCGAUGCAACUCUCAGGAUGACUGCGCAGACUUUUCAGACGAGAACGAGUGCUACCUGGUGCAGCUCCCCAGCAGCUACCGCGUGGGCAGGCCGCCCGAGUCCGUAAUAGAGGGCGAGCCCACCAGGCUCGCCUCCACCGUGAGAAUCUUGAGAUUUCAUGACAUCAGCGACGUGAGGCGGAGCAUCAGUCUUGAGUUCAUGCUUAUCAUCACGUGGAAGGAUGCAAGGCUCAAGUUUUUCAACCUGAAGGACACAAGAGAGUGGAACAAGCUGGCUCAGAGCGAGAUGGAGUCCAUUUGGCGGCCACAGCUGGAGUUCCCCAGCGCCCAAGACGGCAACAGCAGGAUGCUCAAGCAGGAACUCUUCCUCAGCAAGGGCAGUGACCCGCUGCCCGCUGAGUUCAACGACAUCAAGAUGGAGGCCGUGUACUCAGGUGAAUCCACGUCGCUGAUUCAGGAACAGCAUUACAGCGGUACCUUCGCCUGCCACUUCGACGUGUUCUACUACCCCUUUGACAAGCAGGAAUGCUCCGUGUUGAUCAAGUUGGCGUCCGUUAGGCAGGAGAACGUAUCCUUCGUGCAAGACGAGGCGGUGGCGGAGUACUUUGGUCUGGAGGAGCUACCUCUCUACGUGGUGAGGAACUUUCACUCAAUGGUCACCUACGUCGGGGACAACCAGACUCGCUACAGCACGCUUUCGAUUGACUUCCAGCUGACGCGACGGUGGACUGUGAUCAUGAUGAAUCUGUACUUCCCGACCAACAUGCUGCUGGCCACGGGGUACGCCACGCUCUUCCUCAACGUGCAUGAUCAAGGGGACCGCCUCACUCUCAGUCUGACCACACUACUCGUGCUGUACACCCUCUUCAACAACAGCUCCAGCUCGCUCCCUGUCACCGCCUACGUUAAGAUGGUGGACAUGUGGUUCUUGUACUGCAUCUCGCUCCUCUUCGUCAUCAUCGUCUGCCACACACUAGCGGGCUACAAGGUCAACCAGGUCCAUCCCACGGGCGACCUGAGGCAGAAGGGUAGCAUGGUCAAUAACUUCGUGUCCAAGGGGUCUUCGCGAUUCUCCCCCGAGAAGGUGCUGGCCACGACGCGGGUAUGGGUGGUGCCGCCCAUCGUGCUGGUGUUCAAUGCUGCGUACUGGGCCUCUCUGGUGCCCUCCCUGUCCAAGUGAUGCCUCGGUGUCACUAAGCAGCGUGUAUUUUGCUUGAUAUUUUUCAGUGUAAACCACAAAGGUGGUAAGCAAUGCUGCCUUAUAAUAUUUUGAAGUUUACAGUGAUAGAAUAGUUCAGUUUGGUUCACUUCCCAAAUUUUACAGACUUCAUUUUUAUAUAAGGAAUUUAGUUUUGUAAGCGUCCCUGUGGCGGCGAUUGGACGCAACGGGUGACUAGGAUAAAAUGUUCACCAAUAUAAUAUAUAUAAUAGUUUCACGCUAAUUAGUCGAUGAAGAGUAUUGUAAUCAAACAAAUUUAAGUAGAAGGAUGCAAUGGUUUGAUGCUGUUUGUUAUCCCUUCUCGUAAAAAUUGCAAAUGUUUGUAGCACACGUUAUUGAACAAAGACAGCGGCACAAAGAGUGUUGCAGCACAGAGGAGCACUCACUCACUCGCGUCAUAAACAAAAUAAGUACACACCUGCAUUAAUUUUACACUUGAGAAGAAAGCGUCACACACGAGUAAUUAAACUAUAAAAGACUCAGCAAAAAUUUUGUUUUCAAGAGCCACUUCAUCAGUGAGGCAACAUGAGUGAAGGACAGGAUAGAAACAACCUCCACUAGUGAUUCUUUCUCUCACAGGUACACGGAUCACGUAAUACUGGUGUGAGUGAGGCUAAAAUACGAUCUUGGGUUUAUUUUCAGUCGCCCUGCAUACGUUAGAUGUUGAAAGAAAGAGAUGAGUAUUGUACAAUACCUAAAGAGAGGAAUAACAGAUAUUAUGAACAUUGAUUUUAUAUCUUGCCGCUAAAUUCCUGUCAGGUGUUGCAGGACAGACGAUAAUGUUGUGCAUAGUACGUAGAUACAAUAACAUUGUUUACUCUGUACAAUAUAGACUUUUCCUUUUUUUGCUGAAUUUCGAACAUUAUUUUCGAUACUAGAAUGUAGAUAAGAGAAUUUCAAGUACAGAUAUAAACUGAGACAGGAAAAAAGAAAAUGAAGGGAGAGAAAAAGAAAAAAAAUGUGACGAUAUAGCAUAAAUGUGUAA